AUGAUUACCAGCACGGGCCUGCUAUAUAUCGGUAGCUUUAUUGCUACUGUCGGGGCCCUGGCGGUUGGCAGACGGGGCCCUGUAUCCGCAAAGUCCCAUCCUAUCGUCGACCUCGGCUAUGCCAAGUAUCAAGGCGUAAGACCAGAUAACGGGGUAGACCGAUUUCUCGGCAUCAGGUAUGCAGCGGCGCCUGUCGGCAAUCUCAGGUUUCGGGCUCCGGAGGACCCAGGCGCGGAGUCCAAGGUGCAGGAUGCUUCCAACUAUGCUCCCAACUGCCUAGGUGUGUCUGAGUCGUUUGGAGUACCGCAAACCCCAAACGCCAUGGCAGCUGAAGACUGCCUGUUCGUAAACGUCUUCAAACCUUCCAAUGCAACGGAAGACUCCAAGCUCCCUGUCUGGGUUUGGAUCACAGGAGGCGGUUAUGCAAAUUCCUACUGGGUCAAUUUCGACGGGACAAACAUCGUCCAGGAAUCUGGUGGUAACAUAGUCUUUGUGGAAUUUAGCUAUCGAGUCGGGGCCCUUGGAUUUCUCGCAAGUGAGCAAGUCCGGCAUAACGGGGACCUUAAUGUGGGACUAUUGGACCAGAGAAAGCUUUUGCACUGGGUCCAGAAGUAUAUCCAUAAGUUUGGUGGUGAUCCAAAGCAGGUUGUCAUUCACGGCGCUUCAGCUGGUGCAGGCUCGGUAGCAUAUCAUCUCACAGCCUACGAAGGCCAGAAGGAUAACCAAUUGUUUGCCGGGGGCAUCGUACAAGAUUCAUUCUGGCCCCCGCAGAGGACAGUCGCAGAAAUGGAAUUCCAGUACUGGCAGCUACUGUCGAACACUAACUGCUCUAUACUGCAGUGCCUUCGCUCGGUCGACAUUGGUUUAUUUCAGACAGCAACCCAGUCACUGCCCUUCCCGGACGGCGCGAGCGACAACCCCUUGCCGCUAUUCUACUGGCUCCCUGUAGUGGAUGGUGAUAUGGUGCCGGACCGCUUAUACAACCUCUUUGAGCGAGGCAGGUUUGUCCAUGUGCCUGUUCUCGUAGGAGACGACACGGAUGAGGGAAGCCAGUAUGCAUUUAACGCGAGUACCGCCAGUGAAGUGUCCGUUUUUCUGAAGAAUAAUUAUCCCAAUCUUUCACAGGACCAACUUCAAGAAAUUAACAACCUAUACCCACGCAUGGAGCCUCUGCCAAAGCACAAUGCUUAUUUCCCUUCCGCAAGUGCGGCGUACGGCGAUAUGACCUUCACCUGCCCAGGAAAUGAAAUAUCCGCGGCUCUCGCACGAUAUUAUGACCCACAGAGAGUGUGGAACUACAGAUACAACGUGCUAGAUCCAGACACUGUUGCGAAGGGUCUGGGCGUACACCACGACCAGGAAUGGUGGUCUAUCUUCGGGCCAGUCCAAGCCGCAGAGUCCGAACCAGCUUCAGAUAAAACGACAAAUGCCGCAAUGGUUCCUAUUACGAGGCACUAUUGGAUCAGCUUUGUUCGAUCGCUGAAUCCCAACACCUUCAAGGUGCCGCAGGCACCAGAAUGGCAGCCCUGGAACUCGGGAGCAGGCCAACGAUUACGGCUACAGACUAAUAGCACCGAGAUGGAGGCUGUUCCGCAAAACCAGACUGAAAAGUGUGACUUUUGGAGGCGCCUGGCUGUCAGCACGGAGCAGUAG